CAGCAACGGGGGACUGACUGACUGGAGGAGGAGGUGGAGUCUGUCCCAGCCUGCAUCUGGCCCGCUCCCCUCUCUCUGUCACCCCGGGCCAAACCCGCCCAGCUCCUCUCACUCACUCUCCGUCUGUUCUCCCGCACGGCUCGGCUCGGCUCGGCUCGGACACACACACACACACAGCAGUCCCUCACAGACUCACGCACACAGCGAGGACGCGGAAUGGAGACGGAAGGGAGCCAGAGCAGCCUGUCCAGCACGGACUCCCCUCACGACCCCUGCAAAAUGUUCAUAGGUGGACUCAGCUGGCAAACAACACAAGAGGGUCUGAAGGAGUACUUCUGCAAGUACGGCGAGGUGAAGGAGUGUAUGGUGAUGCGAGAUCCGGUUACUAAGCGCUCGAGAGGGUUUGGAUUUGUCACCUUUGUUGAUCAGGCAGGCGUGGAUAAAGUUUUGGCCCAAACCAGGCACGAGUUGGACUCAAAAACAAUCGACCCAAAGGUUGCUUUCCCCCGCAGAGCUCAGCCCAAGCUGGUGACUCGAACCAAGAAGAUCUUUGUGGGAGGCCUGUCAGUGAACACAACCAUCGAAGAUGUGAAGCAGUACUUUGACCAGUUUGGGAAGGUUGACGAUGCCAUGCUCAUGUUCGACAAGACCACCAACAGACACAGAGGGUUUGGGUUUGUGACGUUUGAGAAUGAGGAUGUGGUGGAGAAGGUCUGUGAGAUACACUUCCACGAGAUCAACAACAAAAUGGUGGAGUGUAAGAAAGCUCAGCCCAAGGAGGUGAUGUCCCCCACGGGCUCAGCGAGGGGGCGCUCUCGUGUGAUGCCCUAUGGCAUGGAUGCCUUCAUGCUGGGCAUUGGUAUGCUGGGUUAUCCAGGCUUCCAGACUGCCACCUACACCAGUCGGAGCUACGCUGGCAUCACACCUGGAUACACCUACCAGUUCCCUGAGUUCCACUUAGAGAGGACUCCCCUUCUGACUUCACCCCACCCCCCUGAGCUCACAGCCAUUCCUCUCACCGCAUACGGACCAAUGGCAGCAGCAGCUGCAGCAGCAGCAGUAGUAAGAGGCUCCACCCCGUCUCGCUCAGCUGGAUUUUUGGGUACGAGCAGCCCGGGGCCGAUGGCAGAUCUUUAUGGAACAGCCGGUCAGGAGUCGGCCGUGAGCAGUUACCUCAGCGCUGCGAGCCCCGCCCCGAGCACUGGAUUCAGCCACGGCCUGGGGGGCCCUUUGAUCGCCACAGCCUUCACUAACGGCUACCACUGAGAGAUACAGAGCUGUAGACAGAGAGCUGGGAGGAGUUGAAGCUGCUUUGGAGCUCAUCUAGUCGGUCCACCUCUCCCGUCAGGGCAGCUGAACCUUCACCUCCUCCACCCUGAUGUCAGCAUGAACCCCCCUCCCACCCUGCUGACGCCUCACUUUACUCCACCUCCUGAGAAAAAAAGAAGAAAACAUUCAAGCAGGGAGCGAAAACGUUUAUCACCACAUGUAAAAGCAUCACACACACACACACACACACACACACACACGCUGUAUUUUUGGUCUUUCUUCUGUUAUGUUUCACUUUGCUGUUUUUUGUGAUGGCUGCGUUGUUUCUUUAUCUAUUACGGCUGUUUUUAUUGGGUCAUUUGACCUCUGAGGAGAAGAAUCUCUGAGUUUUUGAAGGUCACGAGCUGUAAUUUGUACUGGAAAAACUGUAUAUUUGUCAGUAGUUCAUACUGAAUUUUAACAAACAUUUGUGAUUAAUACUAUUUCUUGAAAAUGUGUCACAAAGUGUAUAUCUUGGUAGGAUUUUUUAACAAAAACUUGUUAAACUAAUAAUGUCAUUAGUCACAGUUUCAUAAUAGGCCUACAUGAGCUGUACAAUUUUGUAAGAUAUUGUAAAUAUGACUGGUUUCUGGGGGAGGGGUCGGCUGAUUUCUGUGUGCGGGAGGAUUUUAAAAAUGGUACGACUGAUUCUUUCAUCAAUCCUUAUGUGUCGGAAAGUUUGACUGUUACAUAUCCUAGUUUUCAUGUGGAGGUCAAGAACAUUUCAGUAUGUCAGAGCAGCCAUAUACUUUAAUUUUCCUCCAGACAAUUAUAACAGAUGUGUCAUUUGAUUCUGCUUGAAUUUAAACAGAGGAGAUGCUGAGUCUGAAAAAACAACAACACUUUACUUUGGGGAUAUUUGUGGGUGGAAAAAGCUCCUGUAAGGGGGGAAAAAACAUGCUGUUUUCUUACUUUGUCAUAUUCUUGUUUUAACUGUGAUUUUCAAUGUGUGAUGAUCGUUUGUGAAGGAAAAUGAAGGAGUAGUUUGCAGGAGCUGUCGUGCACAGUUUCCAUUGAGAUGAGUUCUGACUCUGCUGGUUGUGUUGAUGUUUGCAUGAGCGUGUCUCGUUAUUUUCACACAUUGCCAUGUGCUGUUUUUUUGUUGUUGUUUGUUUUUUUGUUUUUUGUUUUUUGUUUUUUUUGGGGGGUUUUAUACCUCAGUUGCAAAUGUGAAAUCUUAAUCUGACUUUCUUUGUUUUUACAUUAACAUCUUUGUCAAAGUAUAUGGGAUGUUUUUAAGAAAGGAGGGGUCGUAUUAACUCUUGUUUACCUGUCACCCCCCCCCCCCCCCCCCACCUCUCCAUCCCAUCACUGUGUAUCCACUGGAGGCCACAGACUGUAGCAAUGUGGCCGCUAUUUUUAGACCAAAACAAUAAUGUUAAGAGCUAUAGGAUGUUGCACUGGCUGAUCACGAUACAUGUGUUCUCCUUUGAAUGUUAGCUAAAGAACAAACAAAGCACUCUGACCCACAAUGCACCAGGUUUUACAUUUUCAUACACACUCUCUCUCUCUCUUUCUCACACACUGCUGCAGGUUACCAUGGUAGUUCAAACCUUGAUGCUGUUUUCACUGAAAAGUAACCAUCUUGUCAACACUGUAACAUUUCUGAUUUUAUUUUCCUGUAAUGUUUAUUCCUUUGGAGAAAAAAAAAACUUUUUAAAAUUCCUAAUAAAUUAUUUUAAAACAUUCCA